GCCCAGGGCGGUCGGGAGCAGGUCGGCCGGCUUUGGCGGCCGCAGCAUCCUUAGGGGCCUGGCCCCCUUCUGCGUGGGAGUCGUGCCGGAGCCUCUUCCAGGCCCGGGUCGUCGUGCUGGAUUUCCCCAGGCCUGCGCCCCCGAAGGUCCGAGCGGAAAUAACUGGAGGCUGGACCAGGUGCGCGCCCUGGGGCCGGGCCCUCGACGGACUGGCCGCCCGAGAACUGGAAUGGACAGAUAUCAAUCCGGAAUUCAGAGUCUGAAACUGGAUGAUUCAGUUAUAGAAGGAAUAAGUGACCAAGUCCUUGUGGCCGUUGUGAUCAGUUUCACUUUCAUUGCUACACUGAUAUACAUACUUUUAAGAAAUGCAGAACAAAACAUUCACCCUGAUAACCAAGAGCUAGUGCGGGUGCUUCGGGAACAACUUCAGACAGAUCAGCAGGAUGUGCCCGCUGUUGUCCGGCAGCAGUUCUACACGGACAUGUCCUGUCCAAUCUGCUUACAUCAGGCUUCUCUUCCUGUUGAAACAAACUGUGGACAUCUUUUCUGUGGUACCUGCAUUAUUGCAUAUUGGCGAUAUGGUUCAUGGCUUGGGGCCAUUAGUUGUCCAAUCUGCAGACAAACGGUUACCUUACUCUUACCAGUUUUUGGUGAAGAUAAUCAGACUCAGGAUGUCUCAGAAUUGCAUCAAGAUAUUAAUGACUAUAAUCGAAGAUUCUCAGGACAACCCAGAUCAAUUGUGGAAAGAAUUAUGGAUCUGCCCACUUUACUGAGACAUGCAUUCAGGGAAAUGUUUUCAGUUGGGGGCCUUUUCUGGAUGUUCCGCAUCAGGAUAUUACUUUGUUUACUGGGAGCUUUUUUCUAUCUGAUAUCACCCUUGGAUUUUGUUCCUGAAGCCUUGUUUGGAAUUCUAGGAUUUCUAGAUGAUUUCUUUGUUAUCUUUUUAUUGCUUAUAUACAUCUCCAUCAUGUAUCGAGAAGUACUAACACAAAGGCUAAACAGAUGAAAUAAACGAAUGUUGCUUGAGCUUAUGUGGAAAACCAUUCAAGGGAACCAUAACAAAACACUUGAAUAUCAUUUUGCAGGUUCAAAAUUAUCUUAGGAAAUUUUGCUAACUGGAAACUGUAUCAGUGUAUUGGAGAUUGUAAUACUGAAGCUAGAUUUAUAACCAUAUAAACAAUGUCUAUUUGUUCAGUAACUAGCUAUAUAAAAAUAAUAUCUUCUGGAAAAGUCACUAUAUGGGGGGGCUAAGUGAAAAGGAAUAUUUUUAUAUCUUGACUUUGCCUAUCCCUCAAAAGUAAACCAACUGGCUAUGUAGAAAGUUAUUAUUAAAUAUGCAAUUUAUCCACUACCUUCCUAUGAUGAAAUAUAAAUAAUUAUAAUGGAUAUUUUCUUGUAUAGUAAAAUGUUACAUAAAAUUUUAAAAGUCAGUAUCUUUUAGCAUUUGCUAUGUUUUGUGCAUUUGCAACACAAUUUUGCUUUUCCAUUCUUACAUAACUGCUUUUAUCAGUUAAAGCUAAAUGAACUUUAACCUUGUACAGGAUUCAUUUAGUUCAUACACUGACUUACAUAAACCAAUUUUUAAUAAAUUCCAAAUUUCAUAGCUUAGUGCAAUGCCUUACACAUAGUAAGCACUCAAUAACUGUUGAUUGAACAAAACAUAUACAUUUCUUCUUAACCAAAACACUCAAUAAUUGUAAUACUUAAAUCAAUAGCUUGAUCUUUUCAAAGGGAAGUCAUAUAACAGAAAAUUUGAAAAGGGGAAAACUGAAUCCAGGAAGCUGAAUAAAAUGGCUAAAUCAUGGUAGUUGGGUGAAUCCAAUAGGAAUAAAGCCAACUCUCAUGAACUGACUACAAAACCUGUAGCUGAAUCAUAAACAUUAAUUAAACAUUACUAGAAGAGAACCUGUUGCUUCAUUCAGUUCAAGCCUGGGGUGUCUUAUACAUUGGUGGGAUGACAGAAUGACUAAGAAAAAAUAAUUCUUUUCCUGGGAGUUGACAUGUGCUCUUAAAAUUCCUCAGCUGACUUAACCUGGCAUAGUUCUUUAAUGAGCUUUGUCACAAUUAACAGUAUGAAGUGACACCUAGUUCCUUAUGUAUCAGUGAUGACAGAUAAUGAAAACUAUUAGCCUUAUUGGUGAACAUUUAUUGAGCCCCUACUGUGUCUAAUACUGACCUUGGCAUCAAGAGGGAAACAAUCAGAAAAUCCUAUUUGUAAUUCAUUCAGAUAGAGACAUCAACUUGGUAUUGACUCUGAAAUGUCAAUAAUGAUGGCCUUAUUUAAGCUUUUUCUGUGCUAGAGGACAAUAACUGUCUGUUGAUGUCUACAGCAGAACAAAAGAAAUAUGAAAGGUGACAUUGUACCAUAUUCUGUUUAGGUAGGAAGGAUUUGGAGAUUUAUCAUUUGGAGCAAAAGACUGGAAUAUAUCUCUGAAAGUGUUUUAAUACAAUCAUUUCUAUGGGAUAAUUUAGCUGUGAGUCUCAAGCAGAAAAUGGAGUAGGUACUUUCUCACUAUUGUUUACAAAACCUUAAUUCCUACAAUGACUCAUCAUAAAAGGGAAGAACAGCAGCUCUGAGAAUUUUAGCUACACCUACAUUUACUAAAUGGAGGGAUUCUAGAGUCCUUUAAUUCAAGAAUAAACCUGGCUUAGUGUACAAAAUUAAAUUAUCCUGUGAAAAAAGGAAAUUUUCAGUAUGUAUACUCUACCUGCACUACCUACUAUUACAAUUCUGAUAAACCCUGGUUUUGUUUUCAUAUUUGGGUAAAGGUAUUUUUAUCACAAUUUGUAGCAUUUUAAGAAUUGUAAUAUUUGAAACCCACAUCAAGUUAAAAAAAAGGACAUUUUAAAAUUUAUGGACCUUAUGUUCAUUAUAUUCAAUUCUGGUGAUGGAUGUAAUGACAUUUUAAAUUUAAUAUAUUUAAACCUCCAACCAAGUUAAGCACUUCACUUUUUAAUCAGUGUUUGAAAUCAGUCAUAACUCCCAUGAUUCAGGGUAAAAAUCACACAAAUCAAAGUGAUUACACAGAGUGCCCCCAGGAGUACAUAUUAAAUUGGCCAAUUAUCUGGGAAGUCCAGACAGUUGCUCAAACUCUGCCCAUUGGUCAGAUAUCACAACCACCACAAUUUCUGGCUUUUCAGUGGUAAAUCUUCAUUACUGCAACAAGAAAACAAAAGUGACAAAUCAUUUAUUACUAUGUGGAUAUCUACCUCACAGUUGUUGUUAUGGAGAAGUAAUACUUGAGUUUAAGAUUUGAAUUUACAUGUGCAAGUAAUUUGCUCUUUCAAAUAAAAGUGUAUCUCAGA